AUUUCCGGGAGGCAUUCCUAGCCUGGGAAAAAGCGGGGCUGGGAUCUCUGUUACAAACAACACGCCGGAGAGUCAUCAGCCAUGUCAUUAAGACAACACUGAAAAAAACCAGACGAAUCUGUCAUCGGUUUAUGAAAUUCAUUCUGAUCGUGUCAUUUUUCCACGACUGAACCGAUACGGUAUAUCGACGGAAGUCGUGUAUGAAGUGGAAAACACCGACGUUAGCCAGAUAGCUAGCUUGCCUGAAUAGCUCAUUCAAGACAAAAGCUCCAACAGAGGAGGACAAGCGUUAAUGUGGGGCCCUGUACGACUGCAUUACUAACUACAGGACAGAUAGUAUGCUGAGUAAAGCGGCCACUAUGGAAAUCCUUAUGAACCGUAAUGGAGACGCUGGGACGCUGCCGGAGGAUGACAGCCUUGAACAAGUUGCUAAGCUACAGUGGAGCUUAGAUGAGAAGGUAGGGAGUUUCACAAUCACCAGGGACCUACAGCAGGUGAUGGUGUCGGGACCCAACCUGAAUGAGACCAGUGUCGUAUCCGGAGGUUACGGGGGUACAGCUGAGGGAAUCAUUCCUACCGCCUCCAUUAAAGGCCCUGCUGUGCGCUACAACGCUCAGUUUAACAGACGCAUCCCAGUCACAGGACAAGGCUCCAGUAUGCAGGACAGCAGAAGCAGCAGUUCCAUGACUGCAGAGGAGUCCUCCAGAGGAGUGGCUGUAGAGAAACUGGACUUUAUGAAGCAAUGGGGCCUCAACACCUACAAGUGCACUAAACAGAUGAUCGCAGAGCGGUUUGGUCGUGGUUCUAGGACUGUGGAUCUGGAACUGGAGGCUCAGAUAGAAGUUCUCCGGGACACCAAGAGGAAGUAUGAGAAUGUGCUGCGAUUGGCCAGAGCCCUGACCAAUCACUUGUACAGCAUGGUGCAGACGCAACACGCCCUCGGGGACACCUUCACCGACCUCAGCCUGAAGUCACCUGAACUACGGGAUGAGUUUGGGUACAACGCAGAGACCCAGAAGUUAUUAUGUAAGAAUGGAGAGACGCUGCUAGGAGCCAUCAACUUCUUUGUGUCCAGCAUCAAUACGCUGGUUAACAAGACCAUGGAGGACACGUUGAUGACCAUCAAGAUGUACGAGGCUGCUAGGUUGGAGUUUGAUGCGUACAGGGCAGACCUAGAGGAGUUAAGUGUUGGUCCCAGGGAUGUGGUGAACAUGGCCCGUAUAGAUACAGCCCAGGAGCAGUACCAGAUCCACAAGGACAAAUAUGAACGCCUUCGCUCUGACGUCACUAUCAAACUCAACUUCCUGGAUGAAAACAAGGUAAAGGUGAUGCAUAAACAGCUGCUCCUCUUCCAUAAUGCCGUCUCAGCCUACUUUGCUGGGAACCAGCAGCAGUUAGAGCAGACCCUGAAGCAGUUCAACAUCAAGCUGAGGCCCCCAGGGGCCGACAAACCCUCCUGGCUUGAGGAACCAUGAGGGAGGGAGCCACAGGAGACAGGGCAGCCCAGGAGAGACCCCCCCCCCCCCCCAAACCCUUACUAUCCACUACAGUGGACCACGGACGGACAGGACUACAUAGAGAUGGAUGGAUGGAUGGAUGGAUGGAUGGGCCUUACAAGGGCCUUGUAUCUAUAGAGGACUGUCAUGAUCAGGGACUUCUCUUGUUUUUCCUCUCUUUCAUGAUCUCUCCUUUUCUCUCUUUAUCCACGAAUCCUCCUGUAUAAUAUAUUAUCUCCAGUCCUCUAUGUAAGUCAUAAUGCCCGAGAAGCCGGUGUUUGGAGGAUAUAUUGAUUGGCACGGGUCUCGUUAGGCCCCAAAACACCGGCUUCUCUGGCAUUAUCACCUUUACACAACGGGUUACCAACAUAUUCAAAAAAUGAUUGACAUAUUUUCAUUAAACGUUAUUUUGAGGAAUUUAUUCAUACUAUUUCAUCCUUCCACAAGAGUCCUGAUCUAAAAUCUAGGGUUGCUACCCAUGCCGGCUGGUCGUUCGUUCUAUCGGUUCGGCUGCCAGAGACACAAUCUAAAUGUUCCAUUGCCAUACUGGCUAGCUUACUAGCUAGUCCAUACUGGCUAGCUUACUAGCUAGUCCAUACUGGCUAGCUUACUAGCUAGUCCAUACUGGCUAGCUUACUAGCUAGUCCAUACUGGCUAGCUUACUAGCUAGUCCAUACUGGCUAGCUUACUAGCUAGUCCAUACUGGCUAGCGUGCUAGCUAGUCCAUACUGGCUAGCUUACUAGCUAGUCCAUACUGGCUAGCGUGCUAGCUAGUCCAUACUGGCUAGCGUGCUAGCUAGUCCAUACUGGCUAGCGUGCUAGCUAGCCCAUACUGGCUAGCGUGCUAGCUAGCCCAUACUGGCUAGCGUGCUAGCUAGCCCAUACUGGCUAGCGUGCUAGCUAGCCCAUACUGGCUAGCGUGCUAGCUAGCCCAUACUGGCUAGCGUGCUAGCUAGCCCAUACUGGCUAGCGUGCGUGCUAGCUAGCCCAUACUGGCUAGCGUGCGUGCUAGCUAGCCCAUACUGGCUAGCGUGCGUGCUAGCUAGCCCAUACUGGCUAGCGUGCUAGCUAGCUAGCUAGCCCAUACUGGCUAGCGUGCUAGCUAGCUAGCUAGCCCAUACUGGCUAGCGUGCUAGCUAGCUAGCUAGCCCAUACUGGCUAGCGUGCUAGCUAGCUAGCUAGUCCAUACUGGCUAGCGUGCUAGCUAGCUAGCUAGUCCAUACUGGCUAGCGUGCUAGCUAGCUAGCUAGUCCAUACUGGCUAGCGUGCUAGCUAGCCAACUAUGGCUAACUUACACUCAUGUCAAACAGUGCAGCCAGAAUAACAACAAAGUAGCUGUUUUCUAGUUAGAUUUCUUUGGAUACAACCAUAACAAUGACCUAAUGAUGCACAAUUUUGCCUGGCAGAGAAAAUGUGCUCUCUUGUCAGGACACUGUUCAGACAAAAGAAAUACAAUCCAUAACAUCAAUUUGAACUGAUGUUAAUAAAUUAAACCAAACAUUAUCUUUUGUUAUCCUCCACAGCUGAGAUAGCUACAUCUACUUAUUGUCACAUUUUAUCUGUACAUUCCCCUGGAUGGUGCAUUGGUGGAAAUAUCUGUCCGAGUCUGUGAUACUACUAUUGCUGCUUUGCUUCAGCUUUUAGCUGUGUUGAUGGUGCUGCAGUGUUUUCUUGGUUUUCAGUGUUUUCUUGGUUAUUUUUUUACAAGCAAUGAGUUGGGCUUUGGUUUGUCUGUUCUCCUCUUCGACACAGCUGUAACUGGAGGUCGAACCACACUUUCUAGACCAGACCCCUUGGUCUACCGGGAUUCAGAGCCUGGGCCUUGUCCUUAUCGGUGAUGGGAGGAGGGUGGCUGUUUGUGAUAUCUUAGCUGUUUUGAUGUUACCCAGAAAUACAGGAUUGGAGGUGGUAAAUUCAGUGUCCUUCAUAAUGCACCAGCUGCGACCGAUGGGUGGGUCAUUUAGAAACCGGCUGAGCUAAUUAUACUGUACCGCUCCCCAUUCCCAUUUCUUACAUUUCCAUAAAACUGUCGGAGAAGGAUGUUAAACUCUUCCUUAGUGACAUUUCUGACGUCGACAACUUUUGUUUGUUGUUAUCUUCUAACCAGCCCUCGAAGUACCGCACAGCUCUGUUUGUAUUCUUAUUAAUGGUGUUUUCUUUGUUGGGGAUUUUCUCUUGGUCAUUCAAUACAUUAUUUUUCACAUCUGCAUGCCUCGGUAGUAUUUCCUGGGUAGUAUUUUCCCCCCCCUUUCAGCCAUAUUCAUGCUGCCGAAAAGAGCAAAAUAAAUGUUCCACUCAUUCAUUUUA